AGGCACACACACACAGAGAGAGAGAGAGAGAGAGAGAGAGAGGGAGACGAGAGGAGAGAGAAAGUAAGAAAAUGAGUUGGCUGCCAUGGCGUCCUCUUCUUCUCCCCACCGUCGCCGAUCACAACCAUCUCCUUCCCUUCUCUCUUGGCCUGUCCCUUCUCAUCUCCUCUCUCGCGGUGGUUCUGGCGCUCGGCGCGGCCGCCUUCUUCCUCGAAUUCGUCAGAAAGAUCGGAUGCCAGCAUUCGCUUGAGAGGUCCGCUGCGUCUGACGCGUUCUUCGAGGAUCCUAGCUCUUUGAAGAAGGUUCCAUGCCCAACUAUCUUUGAUCCCGCGGAGAAGUAUUUAUCUUUGAUAGUCCCUGCAUAUAAUGAAGAGCACAGGCUUCCCAUAGCUCUUGACGAGGCAAUGGAGUAUCUCCAACGACGCUCAGCUGCCGAUAACACAUUUACUUACGAGGUGUUGAUAGUUGAUGAUGGAAGUAAGGAUAGGACAUCAAAGGUAGCUUUUAACUUUGUUCGGAAGUACAAGAUUGAUAAUGUAAGGGUCAUGCUGCUGGGAAGAAAUCAUGGAAAAGGAGAAGCGAUAAGAAAAGGAAUGCUUCAUUCACGUGGUGAACUCCUUUUGAUGCUCGAUGCUGAUGGGGCAACUAAGGUGACUGACCUCGAAAAGCUUGAAACACAGAUACUUGCAUUAGCAGAGAAGAAGAAGAAGGAACGUAAUUCACAUGCUAUUUCACCAGAUGACUCAAGUCAUAAGCUGUCUGAUAUUGAAGUUGCGGUGUUUGGUUCUCGUGCUCAUCUUGAGAAGCAGGCUCUUGCAACGAGGAAGUGGUACCGGAAUUUUCUUAUGAAGGGCUUCCAUCUUGUAGUUCUACUGACAGCUGGUUCAGGAAUUCGUGAUACUCAGUGCGGCUUUAAGAUGUUUACAAGAGCCGCUGCCAGGAAGCUUUUUACAAACAUCAGAUUGAAGAGGUGGUGUUUUGAUGUUGAGAUAGUCUAUUUAUGCAAACAUCUAAAUAUCCCGAUGAUGGAGGUAUCUGUGAACUGGUGUGAGAUACCUGGUUCAAAAGUGCGGCUAACUAGCAUCAUUCACAUGCUGUUUGAGCUUCUUCUCAUUCGCUUGGGCUAUGGCCUCGGCAUCUGGAAAAUCUACACUUAGAGAGAAGUCUCUAACAUUAUUUUACUUUAAGAAUCAGCAGAAGGCAUAUACAGGAGCCAGGGAAUCAAGAUAGUGAGAGUUUGUACAAGCAGAUUCCUCCAUUUUUCAUAAAGGUAAUUUAUGAAGAUUAGAAGGAAAUUAGAGGGGUUUUUUUUUUGUGCUCGUUUACGUUGUAACAAUAUUGGAUUUUUUGAACAAUGACCAGUCUAGAAAAGGCAAUGCACUGAUUCAAUAGAUGAGAGAAUUUUGUGAUUC